AAGGCGGCCUUUGAGGGGUGGCUGGAGUCGGUCUCCACCUCUUUCCUCACACUGAGCGACCAGCAGCGCAACCAGACCCUGGACCAACUCAUCUCGCUGAGCGGUGCUGUCCAGCUUCGGCACCUGUCCAACGUACUGGAGGCGCUGCUCAAGCGGGACUUCCUGCGACUGCUGCCCCUGGAGCUCACCUUCUACUUGCUGCACUGGCUCGACCCGCAGACCCUGCUCACCUGCUGCCUGGUGUGCAAGCAGUGGAAUAAGGUCAGGCUCUCUCUGUCAUGGUGGUGUAUAAGCAGUACAACCAAGGUCUGGGGCCCGUUCAGCAGGACACAAUGUUUUGGAACGUUCAGAUAGAAAAACAUGUUAUGUAGGACAAACAUGAAGAACAAUGAAUCAUGUUGGCUCUAUUCAUGGCAUUUCUAUCUGCAACGUUAGACAACGUUUGGAAACUGAAUGUGGCCCAGGCUUCAUGUUCUACCCUUUUCACACCAUCGUGCUGACCCGAACCAUACUGUGCUGGCUUGGUUCUUUUCUUUCUACUUUCACCUUUCCAGUGUGGUUCCGGCAACUAUUGGUGGAUGCAUAACCAGGCCAGCACAGUACAACUCAGUAUGUGUGAAAGGGGUAUUUGUUAAUAGCUGGUGUGCAAGUAAUUGAAUAAGGCCAGGGUCUCCCACAUAUGACACUAGCGACAGAUUUUCAUGGGAAUAUUCUAGAAUCCGCAUAAAGAAAAUGUGCAUUUUCCAACCAGUGGUGUUUCGACCAAACUGACUUGUUGUGGAUAAAAAUCAGUGGGUGGCGACAUAGUACACUCAAUGUACUUUUUGCUUAAGUUUUCAUUUACCGGAUACAAAUCUAAAGUUCUCAAUGUGUUUCCAUCGUAUUUUCAACUGUACCGAUAGUUUUGUCACAAACUGUUGCGUUAAAUAACAAACGUUCCUACUCUGGUCUUGGCACGUGCACUCUAGUCAACAGCUCGCAGAUACAGUGCGGGUAGGCUAGUCACAUAGUCCCGUGUAGCUUAGUUGGUAGAGCAUGGCGCUUGCAACGCCAGGGUUGUGGGUUCGAUUCCCACGGGGGACCAGUAUGAAAAUGUAUGCACUCACUAACUGUAAGUCGCUCUGGAUAAGAGCGUCUGCUAAAUGACUAAAAUGUAAAUGUAAAAUGAGGUUAUUAUGGAAAUUGAGAAUAUUUUUAUUUGUCAAGCAUCGAUCAUCAUGUCACCAGAAUAAGACCUUCGAUAUUUAUUGGAAAGGUGCAUCAAGAUCACCGUGCACUUUCACCACCCUAUGAAGUUCAUAACUUAUUUAAUCAGUAGCCUAAUAAACUGCAUGGUUUUCCCGAGUGGUAGUACCACACAUCCAUAUCAUUGUGUGACAUCGCGAUAUGUUGGUUAUUAUAUCAAUAUUUGCGCAUAAAGGCGUUUCCACUGCCAUUUCUCGCAUAAUUAAUUUUACUGACACAAAGAUCCCACCAUGUCGAACAAAAGAGAUUCGGUCGGCAUUUAUAAAAUUCUACCGAAACUUCCUGUUUCCAUCACAGCUGUUGUGAUUUUUUUUAAAUACAGUAUUACUUUACUCGCAUAACUGGAUGGAAACGUGUUUACUGAUAACAUUUUGUUGAAGGAUUGAGAUAAAAAAUUUACUAGUGGUGCAAGUAAGGACCUAUUUUAACAUGUGUGUUGUAAAAUGGGACUUACUCCAACAUUACUGAGGUUAACUUGGAUAUUGGACCUCCACAUUUUGAACAUUUCCUCCUAAGAUUUGCCUCGGUUAGAUUUGACGUAUGUUUGGGUUUCUUUGUCCUUGGUUCCGGUUUAACUAUAUAAUGUUUUUGGUAACUCCCGCAGGUGAUCAGCGCGUGCACAGAGGUGUGGCAGGGUGUGUGCCGGGACCUGGGCUGGCGCAUCGACGACUCCAUCCAGGACGCGUCCCACUGGAAGGGUGUCUACCUCAAGGCCAAGCUGCGCAUGAUGCAGUUGAAGGACCAGGAGGCCUUUGAGACGUCGUCGCUCAUCGGGCACAGUGCGCGCGUCUACGCCCUCUACUACAAGGACGGCCUUCUCUGCACAGGUGGGUUAUAGGCGUAUGGUCAUUCUGGGGUGUGGUGGAGUGGUCUUCAGUGUUCUACCAUAACUUUGACCGGGCGGCCCUCUUACUUUACUCUGUGCCGUCUUUUGCCUCUGUUGGGUUGAAUUUAAGGUUUAGGUGUUAGCAUCUGUGAAUAAUGCUUCAAUUUGCCCUUUUGUGCAAAAUUGAGUAUCUGUAACAAUCGCUAGUUUGCUGGAGGUCUUUUGUAGUCUGUUAAAAUGUUGCCGUUACAUUCAUACAUGUAAUUGUUUAAUUCCUCAUUGUAAAACUCACAUUAUUUCGUAGGCUCUGAUGACCUUUCUUUAAAAUACAAUUUUAAAGCUGCAACCUCUAAUAGCUCCGAUGCAAUAAUUUAGUUCACCAACGUUUCGACAGCCAAGCUGUCUUCAUCAGCGUUUCAUUGUGUGUAAUUCCGCAUUGUAAAAUUCACAAAUUAUUUCGUAGGCUCCGAUGACCUUUCUGCCAAACUGUGGGAUGUUCGCACCGGGCAGUGCAUCUACGGCAUUCAGACGCACACCUGCGCCACAGUGAAGUUUGACGAGCAGAAGCUGGUGACGGGGUCCUUUGACAACACCAUCGCCUGCUGGGAGUGGAGCACGGGGGUCAAGAUCCAGCAGUUCCGUGGUCACACGGGUGCAGGUCAGUGUACCGCUGGGGUCCCUACCUUUCCCAGUUGCUGACUUAGGGGUGUUACAUCCAUUGUUCAUUUGGGUUUUAGGAAAUAACUUUUGUGAGUUAGGCAUUCUUGUGCCUUGUGGUUCCUAGAGACAGCUGGACUGUGCUGAUCUGUGGGUUUUUGAUUGACAGGCAAAUAUGAACUCUGUGAUUUUAUGCAUGGGAGCUGCCACUUCAAGUAGCCUCCAUAGCCCGGUUGCAGAGACCAUAUCAGGGUCUAAAUGGCUCUAUUUUACAAUAAUAAAAACAUCUUAAGGCUACGAAUUAUGAUGUUCACAAAUGGCAUAGCCAUGUGUGUUGGUGUACUAACGCCAGGUCUCUCUCCUUGGCUCUGGCAGUGUUCAGCGUGGACUACAACGAUGACCUGGACACGCUGGUGAGCGGCUCGGCCGACUUCUCGGUGAAGGUGUGGGCCUUGUCGGCAGGCGCCUGCCUCAACACCCUCACGGGACACACAGAGUGGGUCACCAAGGUAAACCUGGCUGUCAACCUCCUGUCCUGGGUUACGUUCAGGAUCGCUGCCCAACUGCAGAUUUUGAAUUGGAAAAUGUAAUCAGCAUGUUUGUGGGGAUCCAUUGAGGACCUGGGGCAGAAUACCACAACACUUUUUUUGCUAAUCUUUAUCACAUAAUGAGUAGAUAUUUGGGAUGCAAGGUGAUUUGUAGAUCAGUGAUUGUGCCCAUUGUCUUGUGCAAAUGCCUGUGAAAUGGAUGAAAGGAGAAGGUUUUGCAGUGUUGCAAUCCAUAACAAAGGCCUAUCUAGCACAUUCACUGUUUUUUUAUUUUUUUUUGCUGGUACAUUCUGUCUACAAACUGCAAGCUGCCCAGUGUAAGAAUACUAGAUGAAGGACCCAAACCUGUCUCGCAUCUUAAGACUAUCAAACCUUUUACCCUGUGUAGGUGAUUCUUCAGAAGAGUGAAGUAGAAUCCAUGGUGCACUGUCCUGGUGACUACAUUCUGUUGAGUGCAGAUAAAUAUGAAAUAAAGGUAAUAUGGUUAAUUCAUUUGUGCUUCUUUGCAUCUGCUGCUUCUUCAACUUUCAUGCAAUAAUUGACCCUGUGCUCUGUCUUUUGUCACUGUAAUACUUAAGAUGUUUGACCACAGUGCUGUGUUAUCUCUACAGAGAUGCAUAUAUUCACACACCCAUUCAUUUGUUUAUAUGUAUCAUUGGUUAUUUCACAGGUUUGGCCUAUAGGCAGGGAAAUCAACUGCAAGUGCUUGAAGACCCUGUCUGUGUCAGAGGACCGUAGUGUGUGUCUGCAGCCUCGCUUGCAGUUUGACGGCCGCUACAUUGUCUGUAGCUCGGACCUGGGGGUCUACCAGUGGGACUUUGCCAGCUUCGAUAUCCUCAGGUAAAAACUGCCCAGGGCCUUGUUUCCUGAUAGAAACAGAACUUUAACCCUCAAAACAACCAGGUUGAAAACGACUUGCUGUGAAUAAGCCACAAAAUCCUCAGAACUUUGGAGUGAGUAUAUCACUGACAAUAUCCAUGGUUGCGAACAAAAUGAGUUGUGUGGGUGUUCAUACAUGGAAUGUAACGGAGCUCUUUAUACCUGCCAACAAUCAGUUGCUGAAUCUCCUCCUUCUUUCCAGGGUCAUCAAAACGCAGGACCCUGCCAACCUCUCCCUGCUCAGCUUCGGCGAGGUGUUUUCGCUCCUCUUCGACACCGACUUCCUGUAUGUCAUGGACCUGAGGACAGAAAAGAUAACGGGCCGUUGGCCUCUGCCUGCCUACAGGAAGUCCAAACGAGGUUCCAGCUUCCUGCCGGGAGUCACCUCCUGGCUCAAUGGGCUGGAUGGGCGAAAUGACUCUGGCCUCGUGUUUGCCACGAGCAUGCCUGACCAUAGCAUUCACUUGGUUCUGUGGAAAGAAAACCGAUAAAGAAAGCUAGCGGCGAAACCUACGAUGGCUAGGUUGUCAAUUGCUAUGUAAACGGGGUGCUCCGACUUUCGAAACCCACCGCCAAGUUAGAUAAUGCAUGGGCCAAAGUUGUUUUUCUACCUUUUUUCUCUCGACACAUGCUCUCAUACAUACAUACAUACAUGCAUCAUGUGACAUGCUGUCAGAAAGAGUAUUGGAGAUGGCUUCACCAACCACCAUAAGACGCACCGAAACGCUGCUAUGAAUACAAGGGGAUGAAAGGCCCAGUUCAGAGGGCCAAGGCAGCAGUUGGUUUUAGUUCCAACCCUGCCAUGGGUCCUCUAACUUUGAAGGAAAUACAAGGACCGGGAGGGUGGCUGAAUGAAGACCGAACUCUCGGAAAACGGCGUGGUCAAUGACAAAAGUUGUCUAUAACCAUUAUUGACUGUGACAAUUUUACAAAAACAUUGCAAAACAUGUCAGGCUCUACAGCUGUAGACAUUUCCCCUGUAUUACCAUGUAUCAGAAUUUUUUAACUUCGGGCAGGGUUCUCCAAGCAGCAACGAGGCGGGGAGUUGCCUUAAUAACACAGUACUUCUUUACAAGGAAGUACAUCUAUGACUUUGGCACAGUGUGGCCUAGGUUUUUCCUAGACUGUCACCAACCAUCCCCAUGAGAGUUUGAUGUUGAAAUGUUCAAAGUGGUUUGGUGCAUCGGAUUUGUACCAUAUGAAGCUUUGUUGGAUAUUCAAUGUAACUCCAUAGUUUGAUAAUGCUUUUCUUAGGGGUGCUUGUUUUUAAAGUCAACUUCAGACAUUUAGUUGUGCCUUUUCAUUUGAUUUGAAUAUUCACCUAGGUGUGACAAAUCAAACUAAAAUUCAAUUAUUACUAGGCACAUUGCAAUAAGAUAAUGACUGCGUUGUAAUUGUAUAUCUUUUUUUUAUCUUUUGUACUCUCCAUACUAUAACCAACGCGUACAAUGUAUUUCUAAUCUUACUA